AUGGCCUCUUCUAGUUUUAUUCGCUACACAUCUGAAGAGUUGCUCGGUAUUUUCCAUCGCCAUGCAUCCAACUCUGGACAUGUUCCUACGAUAUUUCUCUGGCAUGAAGUAGAUUGGCAUGGGCUUCUUUCCAAACCUGUAACAGGAUGCUGGCUUGCGUCUCGGGAGCUAGAGAUUACGUAUGACUUAGAAGGCCAUAUUGAAAAGCGUAACGACUGGAUAGUUAUUCUCGAACUUCUUCAUGCUGACAAUAUCACUAUCGAACUAAAACAGGCUGAUGCUUGUGGCAAUACCAUUACCGUUUGCCGAAAAGGGGCACCUAUGCGCAUAGCGGAGAGGAAUCAAGACGAAUUUGAGCUUCUCGAGGGUUAUGCCUGCAGCUUUAGGAACGAAGUCAAUACAUAUACCAAGGCUAAGGACUGGUUAGAUCAGUUGGAGAAGUCUGGGGUAACUCGAUAUCAACUCCAACAAGGUCGAGGCCGCCGUUACUGGGUUGACGCUGUACUCCGCCAGUUUUAUAGGUUCCAUAAAGGCGAGCUCCCCAGUCUCGACCAAACCGAGAUGGUACACGUCUGGGAGUCUGGCCAAGAGGUAGAGGUGCCAAGGAGCGCUCGGUCUAUCGUUGCUGGCCAAUUCCUCUCUACGAAGUGGCCGAAGAGCUCUCAUCUCUAUCAAGCCCACUCUCUUCUGAGCUCGACCGAAGACCUCCCUAGCUCUCUACCUGACCCAUCUUUGGGACCCUGGCGAUUUCAAGGAACCAAGUUUGAUAUACAAUCUUGGUUUAAGAAAGAUGGCCAGAAUUCGCAAUCCGUGUCUGCCCAAUCGAGUACGCCAUCUGAGUCUCAACCCCGACCGGAGCAUCACAUGAGAGAUUGGCGAAGACAAGAAGCUGGUGGUACCCCGUCUUGGUAUAUAUUUCCCAAAACCUAUUAA